GGGUAGCUCUGAAUCCCUCGAAACUCUCACGAUGCUCUCUCUCUCGACUCAGUUCCGAAAGCAAAGCCAGAGCCGAGAGUACUACACUCGAAGCGUGUUCGUAUCGCGUUCCGCGUCGAGCUUUUCCAUCUGCUCCGAUACCAGUUCGCGUUCAUAUACCCUGUUUCCGUUUCUGUAUCUCAUUCGGUUCCGGUGAACUUCGUGAACCCUUGGUUCGAUCGACGCGCAUCAACCCCCCGGCUUCGUCAGAGAAAAAGAAUCCGCGGGAUCAGCAGCUCCGAGAAAGCAGAGAAUCACGUUUCGGUACGUCCCGACACGUUGGACGUUCUUUUGAAAACGUUUAGAGAAAAAUCGUAAAGGGUUACCGAGUGCUACGAUGUUUCUGAAAGGGUCGCGAAUGUGUCUGCAAUCGGACGGCUGUUAAGAGAGUGAAACGUGCAGCUGAAACCGCAGGCGUGGUAGUCUUUUUCUGCCCUCGUUCUUUUCUUUCUCAUUCUAUUUUCUCUCUGCUCUCUCUUUCUCUCUCUGUACAGUUUUCAGGAAAUUCCGUACUCACCGGUGACAACGAAAGAGCUCGUCGACUUUGCCGGGCACUUGUGCGCGCGGCCGUGAUGAUAUUUGAACUCUCGAAGCCGUCAAAGCAGUCGUGGCCCUUUAACGGGCUGUGCUUUUGUUCCGAGUACGCGUACUCGCGACAGGCAUCUGGCAUUUAAUGGCGAUGAUCGUCGUUUUCCUUUGUCAACCGAAUGGAAGCGUUUAUUUAAUAUCUAACCCAGUGAUACGACCACGUGUCUGCUUACCUACCUUCAUUUUAUAUUUAUCAUCCCUCCGUCGUCACGUUCUACCUACAUGAUUUUCCCUUUUGAAUUUCAAACCAGACAAAAUUGGUGGAAACACGCAACGAUACGUGUUCGCAUCCCUUUUUUUUUCUCCCCUCUGUACGAGUAAUCGAAACGUACACAGAGGGAACGACUAUUUUCCGAGCAGAAGUUUUUUUUAAACGAAAGUUAAUGGACCCUUUCUGCCGUGGAAAUCGAACAAUCUGAGCAUAGAAACGGUACACGGGCGAAAAACGCGAGGACAAUGCGAGUGCUCGAUGCAUAUGCACCAGGGGAUUUUGUGUUGCCAGCUCGCGGACCGAUGAUUAGAGGUGGGAAUAAACCGAUACCAAGAUAUACGGCUUCUAGUACGCUCCGCUUUUCUCCGCUUCCCUUCGCAUCGUUUCGAAAACAAAUCUUGUAACGUUCCCCGGAAACGUUAUCGUACUUCUAACUGACCGAAACGAUUUAUUAACUAACGAACCGUACGGACACGUAACGCGACGAGGCGCUUGCUAUUUUACCCCGGUUGUCAGUUUGAUUUAAUUUCGUCGAAACGAAACACGGUGCAGAUAGUUUUUAAUUAACAUCCAUUCCGCGGGACACGCGCUACACUGUUCAAUCAGAUCCUCGGUUACGAUCAAUUUAAAAGGUCAUACGUUUUCGGGUACACGUGGAUGAUUUACGCGCCGCCCUAAAUACGUGAUUUGUACGAACAGUUCGCGACGAGUCACGUUUUCCGCUUCAAUUGCGCGUAAAUCAUUGCGCUUGAGAGAGAGAACGUUAAGUGACUCCGCGGCCGGUUCGCUGAAAUCGUUACAUGCCCACGAUAACAUUGCCGUCGAUCUUCGUGGGGGAGUUAUUUUGAUUUUAGAUACUACAAAGAAAUGUUUCCGCGACUUCGAAGGUUUCUGUUAGCCGAGUUUCCUGUUCACGGUCAGUCGACGAGCUCUAUCGUAUGUAAAAUCGUGUCGGUUCUUCGACUUGAAUUACAUUAGCGACAAGUACGUUUCAACGGGGCAAGUUAAACGCGUCCGUUCCGUCGACGUUCCGCUCGAGAAGAUUCAACCGGUCCCCUAAACUCCGAUAAUUGGCCGGCCAGUGUGCAUUCACUGCAAUUGCAUCAGCUGCUUCGUAGCCUCGUAAAGAACUGGGGGUACAAAGAAAAGCGAAAUCGUUUCUUUCUUUCAUCAAUCCGGACGGGUGCAUAUAAUAAAUUUUAAUUGUCGCAGUAGGAGAAAAGGGGGGCUGUAAAUCAUUUGACGGAUUUACAGAUAAUGGCGAGUGGAAAUCGAUCGGUUUUAACGGUGAAUUUAAUGGUUAAUCUUCGAUGAAAUUAUUUAUCGACAAAAGGAGAGUAAUCGUCUCUUGGGUGAUUAAGAGACACGAACGAACCAGGGUGUUACGAUGGGCGUGAAUAGUUGACGACGCCAUGUGACCGCGAGUAAACUGGAAUUCUCGUGUAUCGAUGCUGUGCUCGAUGUUUAAGUGCCACGGAUGAUAACCGGAUGUUUAUCAAGUGACGGUGUAGAGGAGAGUUAAACUCGGAAAAAAGAACAAGGUGAUCGAAUCGGUGCUUCGGUGAGGAUUACUGCCAAGGGUAGAAAUCAGUAGUGAUGCCGUGAUGGGCUGCAGCUCGGGAUCCUUCUUCCUGGCUACGCUCCUCGUGGGUGGAUUACUGCAGGUCAUCCUGUUCAGUGAAACGUCUCAUGCAACUCGAUUACGACAGAGAUCUGGUCCCACCGACACACCGAGGGGUGGGUCCGUGAACGAGGCCGGCGUUUUCACCCUUCGUGGUAGACAAGAGGGUGGACGACGAGGCAGAAGAACAACGACGAGCACGACUAGUACAACAACGUCCAGCUCGACGUUGAUUUCUCUGUCGGACGAGGUGGCGCAGCCUGCGGCCCUUUUAGCCCCCGAAGAGGACUUAUGGUCUACCAGCUCCUCCGGUACAACCAACGUUCCUGUAUCCUUGGAUACAGCCGCCACGCCGUCAAAGCCACCCUUGGAACUGGUGGUGAAACCUCACAGCAAGGUCGAACUGCCGUGCGAGCUUGAAGGAAAUUACUCGAGGCUACUACUGCCCGGGGCCAGCUACAGAAUACGACCAGCGACAUGGUUGCACGAGGGAAGUCCGGUGGAUAUGAUUACAAUCAACACGAGAACGGAGGUGAGCGGGACUGGACACAGAUACAUCGGCGACUCCAUCACGGCUUCGUUACAUAUAGACAACGUUAGAUUGGAAGACGACGGUAUAUGGGGUUGUACGUUGGAGGACGAUCAGGGAAAGAUACUCGCUGGCAGACCCGUGAAGCUCGUCGUUCUCGAGGCGCCCCGGGGGACGUAUCUGCUGAUAGAUGGGCGAAGGUUGGAUCCGGGAAACCAGUUCGUGCCGGUGAAAGAGGGGUCAGAGUUGACGUUGGAGUGUGCCGCCGAGGGUGGAAACCCACCACCCGAUUUAGCAUGGGGAAUGACUUUGUCGCAAGCCACUUUGGAUGGUCCGGAACAACCACCGGACAAUUUGACCGUGUUGCCCUCGACACCUGGCAGGCGCAGCGGGGCUCACCUUAAAGUUCUUAGGGGACACCAUAACGCAACCAUCGCUUGUGUCGCUCGUCAUGUCACCCUAACGAUACCCAUAAAUGCAAGCAUCCUUCUGGACGUGCAAUAUACUCCGUCGUUCGCGAUAACACGUUUACCUGGUUUUGGAAUUCCGAUCGUCGAGGGGAUGUCUGUCAGCUUGAAAUGCGAGGUGGACAGCAAUCCGGCGAGCACUCCAAUCUGGCAAAGGGACAAUGGACCGCCUGUCGAGCAGAGUGACGACGGAUGGUUGAAUUUCACAAAAAUCACCCGCGCCGAGAGCGGCUGGUACAAAUGUUACACCAGGCAUAUGCUCGGUAUAUUCACCAGCAUCGGCUAUUUUCUCAACGUUCGCUAUGAUCCAGAUAUAGAAACGGAAGCGGAAGCGUUGAACGGCGAGGCGACCGAUUCCCGGAAGAUGGAGGUUCAGAUCGGUGGCGCGGUGACUUUGGAGUGCGACGGUGGUUGUUGGGGACACGGUCCUGGAAUGGAUCCAGUCGGUGGACCUGGACCAUUGGCGUUGAGUCGAGUCGUUUACCAAGAGGCUGGCGAGUAUCGAUGCGUCGCACCUGACAGGAAAAUGCAGGACACGUGGCGUGCACAGCUUCCCUAUCACAUCAAGGUUACCGGUCGACCCAUGGUUUAUCCACCAACUCAAACAGUGACAUCGAAGGAGGGUGAACCUUUGAAUAUCGUCGUGGAAUUUUGCGCUGAACCGAGAUACACUAAAGUGUUCUGGAUAUCCGAGGAAAACGUUUAUGUACCUGGUGCACCAUCCAGAGACGGUGUUCAAGCACUUGCUAUCGAGGACGGAGGCACGGAGUCCUGUUACAGGACGGUGUUGAGCUUCGACACGAUUCAAUGGUCGCACGCCGGAGAAUGGUUGCUGUUAGUCCGCUCGUCGGAAGGGAUAGCGGACGCUUCCGUUCUCUUGAACGUGACACGAGCCUCCGAGUACAGUCACGCUCACUUCCGGUCAACGAAUCUCACCUGUCUAUCGCUGUCUCUACUCUUGCUCGUUCUCCAAGAGUAUCGUCGUUGAAUUCACUCGUCCUAACUGUUUCUCGCUACUCGAAAAUCAAAAAUAAAAGAAACUUCCUGGGGUAGAAACGAAGGGAUAAAAAAAUACAGUUCCGUCGUUCUUCCAGCGACGAUUGUACAUAAAACUAACGAAAUAGAGAGGGUGGGUGAAAUACGUUUGAUGUGUUCUUGAAAAGUCGAGGCGACUCGAUGACGAUGCAACGAGAAUCGUGUUUGUUAGGUAUCGAAAAAUGAGCGCGCUUAAUACGAGAUUUAAAAAAAAAAAUGAAACGAAGCCUUUUAUCGACGCUGUCAAUGAACGAUCAAGAGCUUCCCGGCAACGUCGAUAAUCCGGCCUCGACGUUCCUUACUCGUUGGAUCUCGUUGCUAAGAUUCCAAUUCUCUUUUUUUAUUUUUUAAAUACCCUACGACUUUCCUAGAAGAUAGGCAACGAUACGAGGUAACAACCAUGCAUGUACCGUUUGAUUUUCCUUUUAAAUAAGAUACCUAGGUUCCUCGGGGGGAACCAAACGAAGGGGGUUGUUGUUUCCAUGUGCGCUCGAAACUUCGAAACCAACGACUUCGAGUCCGCCCGCGACGUAGCGGAUUCAUCAGCUUUCGAAGAAAUAUUGUUACGCGAUUUCGAAAGCUUUCGAUUCGUCUCGAUUCAAGACGGAAGCCACGAUGCUACGUUGCUCGCCACGGCGGGGCACGUGUAAAUAUUUGUAUAGUUUAUUUGUAAGGAUACGACAUGGUGAAGAUUGAGGCACGCACCGAACUCGAAGACCAAUUUUUCAUCGAAGAUUGUACACGCUCGAUGCAGGGCCGAACUGGUGAGUGAAAUUUUUACCGGACUAUUAGCGACCCGAAUUUCCUGACCACCGAGAAAUUUUUCUCGACUCAGUUCGCCCCUGGUACGACGUAAUUGUUGAACAGGAGACUCGCAACACCAGCGGAGGUUUUCAAUGAACAAAGAUAGGAUUGAUCCAAAUAUGUGUAGGGAUAAGGGGAGACGAAUGAAAGGGAUGAAGAAAUAUUCCAAGAAUAGGAGCAUUAAAGGUAAAUUGUUGUAUAUUAUUUUAGGUAAGUAGCGUUUAAAUAGCGUGUAUAUAGUGAUUGUAAAUGCAUAGGCUAUCGUACACCGACGGCUAUGUAUGACGAAUUAUACGGUGACGCUGUUAGAGAUAUAUUUAUUAUUCGUUGAUAUAUUUUUAUAAAGUUUUAUUUAGCCAUAAGUUCUCGUUCGCCUUCCCCCCUCCUGGAUGUCGCGUAUCGAUCGUGGUCAGUUUCGUUGAGAGAGGUGAGAGAAUGGGAGAGAGAGCUGGCUCGAUCAUUUCAGUUCAGAACGUUUCAACGAGGAUCGUAACAAUAAAACGCACUCAGCUAAACCCCCUACGAACGUUCUAAAUUAAACGCGCAGUGAGUUGCAUAAAUAUUUUCUAUCCCUUCGAUCAAUGCAUGCAUAACAGAUUUUCAGAAUAACAAAAUUUUUAUUCAUUUAAUUAUUAUAUUAGAAUUAUUUAUUGAAGCAUCAAACCAUUCGUCAGAAGAUUAUACUUCACAGAGGAUGGUCUGACCAUAGUACACUUGUACUACUUGCCAGUGUCCGGUCACACUAAACAUGUAGUAAUUAAUUUUAUUGCAUUAAAAUUAUUUAUUCAAGCAUUUAGUCAUUCUUCGGUGGAUUAUUCUUGACAUAAGAUGACGGUCUGACCACAAUUGACUUAUACUACUUACCAGUGUCCGCUCACAUUAAACAUGUAGUAAUUAAUUUUAUUGCAUUAAAAUUAUUUAUUGAAGCAUUUAGUCAUUCUUCGAUGGAUUAUUCUUGACAUGAGAUGACGGUCUGACCAUAAUAGACUUAUACUACUUGCCAGUGUCCGCUCACAGUAAACAUGUAGUAAUUAAUUUUAUUGCAUUAAAAUUAUUUAUUGAAGCAUUUAGUCAUUCUUCGGUGGAUUAUUCUUGACAUAAGAUGACGGUCUGAUCACAAUUGACUUAUACUACUUACCAGUGUCCGCUCACAUUAAACAUGUAGUAAUUAAUUUUAUUGCAUUAAAAUUAUUUAUUGAAGCAUUUAGUCAUUCUUCGGUGGAUUAUUCUUGACAUAAGAUGACGGUCUGAUCACAAUUGACUUAUACUACUUACCAGUGUCCGCUCACAUUAAACAUGUAGUAAUUAAUUUUAUUGCAUUAAAAUUAUUUAUUGAAGCAUUUAGUCAUUCUUCGGUGGAUUAUUCUUGACAUAAGAUGACGGUCUGACCACAAUUGACUUAUACUACUUACCAGUGUCCGCUCACAUUAAACAUGUAGUAAUUAAUUUUAUUGCAUUAAAAUUAUUUAUUGAAGCAUUUAGUCAUUCUUCGAUGGAUUAUUCUUGACAUCAGAUGACGGUCUGACCACAAUUGACUUAUACUACUUGCCAGUGUCCGCUCACAGUAAACAUGUAGUAAUUAAUUUUAUUACAUUAGAAUUAUUUAUUGAAGUAUUGUGUUAUUCUUCGGUGAAUUAUUCUUGACGUAAGAUGACGGUCUGACCAUAAUAGAUUUAUACUACUUCCCAGUGUCCAAUCACAGUAAAUAUUCAAUCUUUAAUAUAAUAUCAAUUUUAUUGACCGAAAUCAAUUUAAUAUGACAAGAACUUAAUUUAAUUAUUGGAAAAUGGACAUUUUGGAUUAUGAUCAUUUUGACCCAUAAUUAAAAUGUCAUUAUAUUAUGUGGAUUUGAAGAGUAAAUCGUGAAAAUAUGCUUUUAGGAGUAUUUUCCUUUACUGCAUAUUGUCCGUAAUGUCAUUUAAAUUUACAAUACCUUUAAUUAAAUCUAUAGUACUUAUCGGAGCCGGUAUUAUGUAUGACCGAGUGAUUAAUCGAAGAGAUAUGAAUAUUUUAGCAACUCGUUGUAAAUGAUGAUUGCAUUCUAACAGUAUGAAAGGAUGAGAGAGAGAAAAAUCGUUGUCCUCUGUGUGUUUAUUCGUUUGAUCUCCACGAUUGGUAGGUGAGAAAUAAAAAAAAGAAAAAAAAGACGAUAGCGUAGCGUCUCGUUUCGAAUCGUUCCAGUUCCUUCGGUGAAUAAAUAAACUACAUUGUUGCGUGGGAUUUUUCCUAAAGACGAAAAACAAAACGCAGUGGUUCCUAAUUUUUUAAUACGCCCAUCACCGGCUACGAUCCGUAGCUUCGUUAAUUCAUCCGUUCGCGCCUAAUUCUCGCACGGAAGUCGGUGUUUAAUUAAUCAAACAGCGAGAAUAUAUCAAAAGAAAAAUUGUACAUCCCGGUGUGUCUUGUUUUGCGAGUUUUAAGUUGAAGCAACCAGGAAUAAUCGGAUGUCCCUACCCUUUUUCUUUGUUGUUUUAUUUUUUGUUUUAUUCUUUAUUUCGUCGAAUUGCUUAGGUGUUAUAAAUAAGCAACGUGAUUGUAAUCGUUGUACCCCCAUGACGCCUAAAAGUCCAAUAAAUGAUAUUUACAAUAAAAAUAA